UCCAUGAAAACCUAGGAAGUUUGUUAACAGACCAACAUGUUUUCUCCUGCUAGUUCAAAAAUCCUAUAUAGGAAUCCCCGAUUCCUCCGGUUAGCUUUUCUGCAGCUUCAUCACCAGCAGCAGAGUGGAGUGUUCUGUGAUGUCCUUCUGCAGGCAGAAGGUGAGGCAGUCCCAGCACAUUGCUGCAUCCUGUCUGCCUGCAGCCCCUUCUUCACAGAGCGCCUGGAACGGGAGAGACCAGCUCAGGGUCGUAAGGUGGUGCUGGAGCUGGGGGGCCUGAAGAUCAGGACCCUUAGGAAGCUGGUAGAUUUCUUGUAUACCUCAGAGAUGGAAGUAUCUCGAGAAGAAGCCCAGGAUGUGCUUUCUGCUGCCCGUCAGCUCCGAGUAUCUGAGCUAGAAUCCCUUCAGCUAGAGGGUGGGAAGUUGGUGAAGGCCCCUCAGGGCAGAAGACUGAACCGGGAGUGCUUACAACCUCCAAGUGCUGCACCGAUCUCUGCCAGGGUGGUGGCAUCCAGCCGCCGCCCUCGAACGCCACUGCCUGUUACCCAGACUCCCUGUCCUCUCGGGGCAGUGAGGUUGAAGUCGUCGGGGGAGGAGGCGUCCCAGGAGAGGUGCAACCGACAGAACGCAGAGAACUUGUCUGACACUCUUGUGCUCAAGAGGAAGGCCAGAGCCUGCCCACCUCCACAGGAAAAAAGCUCUUCACCGUCAAGCCACAGUCAGGGACCGGAAGAGAGUGCGAGUGACCCUGUCCUUGGUCCUACGGUGCCCUCCCCCACCAACUUGUACCCCUCUGUGGAUGAGGGACUAUUGCCCAGAAAGAUCAGACUGAGUCGUUCCAAGCCACCUCCUGAUGUGUGUACGUCCAAGCCGGCCUGCAUUUUAAGUGCACCCAGCUCAGUGCCCACAGCCCCUGGCCGGCGUCUUUGGCGACAAAAAAGUAUAAAUAAAGAAGCACCAGAAGACAAGCAGAAAGCAGGGAGAGUUAAUCUUCUACAGAGCACCACAACUCCAUCUGGUCUUGGAAAGACGGGGGGGAGUAAGAAGCGCAGCCCUGAAGUCAGGGCACCUAACUCGGACUCUGCAGAGGAGGGGCAGGUUGGGAGAGUGAAACUUCGUAAGACUGUCAAUGGGACCUGCUGGGAGGUGGUGCAGGAGCCUCCCCUCAGGAACUCUCAAGACAGUCCUCAGAUCCCAGAACCUGGAGACUCAGAAGAGCCUCCAGCGAUUCAGCCAUCCUCAGUUAACCCGCAGGAAAUGUCAUCUGCUACAACAGACCUGUGUCAGGACUCCCCAGUGUGCUCUAGGCUACAAGACAUUCUUUCUGCUAGCAGCUCCCCAGGCCCCCCAGUGGUGAAGUCUGAGUUUGGGUCCAGUCCAGAGCUGGUAGGGAAGGAACCUGGGUUCGAUAUUGACUGCAGAGAGCCAUAUGCAUUUGACACAGACCUGCUCGGGCAGCCCUGUGAAGCUGAGGAGUACCGAAUCACAAGUGCUGCCGCCACCAGUGAGCUGGAGGAGAUCCUGGACUUCAUGUUGUGUGGCUCAGACAGUGAGCCACCUACAGCAUCUCUGGAGAGUGCCAGAGCUGAGGGAUGUAGGACCCCUAGUUACCACCUGACAGAAACAGGAAAGAACUGGAUCGAAGGGGAAGAAUGGUAUAUACCAGACAUGGAACUCUGGCCCAGGGAGCUCACAGGAUUGGAAAAGGGACCUGUCGGUGAGAACAAAGAGCCAGUCGAACCCCUUAGCCCUCUUGUCAUGCCCUCUGAGAUGAGUGAAGGGGAAGUGCUUUCAGUAGAAGGCUCUUGGACUCAAGACCUAGAAAUUAGCAGCUCCGAACCACUGGAUGAUCAGAGAGACAAACUUCUACACACUGACUCCCUUGACCCUCGCCAAAAGUCCUACGGAGACCUCUCACCUCCCUGUUCACACUGGGUGGAGACUGGGAUGGAAGAGUCCCUAACUAUGGAUGAGGUAUUGUACCCUGCUCCAGAAGCAGGCAAGGAAGUACUUAGCAACUCUGAGCUGUUGGACCCACUUCCUGCCAGCCUUGAAGAGGAAGAGAUUGAUGUGGUAGACUGGACAUCAGAGGGAGAGCUGAUGCCCACCGGUAUCCCCUCCGUAUGGCCUGACCCUUCCUCAGAGUCAGAAACAGAAGUAGACAUACUAACGUAG